AUGAAAAUCGAAGAUAAUGGAAUUAAGUGGGAGAAAUUGACUGAACGAUUAGGAACAAUGAUGUUAAAUAGUGACGUGGCUCAAAAGAAUCAGUUAAUAAAUGUGCUGAUACUUAUAAUGGUUGACCAAAUAAGGCUCGUUGAAUUUAACGGCAUGCAACAGUAUUUAUCGAAAUUUGUUGAUGGAAGAAUGAUAUUUACCAUACAGACAUUUACAACAUCAACAGCUUAUGUUCCCACACAUGAUUUUAUUCUACUUCUCAUGCAUAGUGACAUAACGAGCUAUACACAAAUAUUAAAAAAGUAUUUCUUUAGAAUAUUUCCAGAUCUUUCUACGAAAAUUUUUGUGAUAAUUACAGGUUCGUUAGAAAUUACAAAUGCAGGCAAUGUUUGGAAUACACUUACUUUAAUGGGAUAUACCAAUGUCUAUGUAGUCCUCCAUCAUAAGUUUGGACAUAUUAAACUAUUCCGAACACAAUUAAUUGUUGACAUCUUUGAAAUGAUCAAAUCACAAGACAUCAAAUAUGUCACGAUAAAGGAAAUGCCAGAAUAUGCAUGGGUGCUUUACAUCAAUGUGGUUUUUUACAACUCGUAUCCAAUGUCGUAUAUUCAUAAUGGUGAAAUAAUUGGUGCAGAGGGAAAAUUAAUGCAAGAAUUCAGCCGAAGAAUAAAGAUUCCACAUCGAGUUGUUAAUAAAAACUUUGAUAAUUUGCAAGCAAAUGAAGUUUUAUAUUUUAUGAGAACAGCUGGAGAUAUUUGUUUGUUUUCGAAUCUCAACUUAAAUUCGGAUAGUGUCGAAAGCGUUCCAUUAAAUGAAAUGGAUGGACUUUGCGUCCUUACACCAAGGAACAUUCCUGUAUCUUCAUAUGACAAUUUAGCUUUACCACUCGAUGUAAUGUCACUUAUCAUGUCUUUUAUAUCUACAAUAUCAGUCAUAGUAUCAUGGAAGGUGAUUUCAACCUAUAAAGCUAAUGGAAGAUCACUAAAAUCAAUUGUUGUGGCAGUUCUGGAAAUGGCUUUCAACAUCGGUGUAUCAGGGAUAGAACAAAUUAGCAAGAAAGAAGUUAUUCUUCUAUAUUCCUUCAUAUUCAGUUCUAUCGUUCUUGUUUCAUUCUAUGAAUCUCUGCUCUUAGCUUUCAUGCUAGCAGAGCCAUCAUGGAGAUCAGCACAUGAUUUGACAGAGUUGAAUGAUAGCGGUGCAAAGUUCUAUACUUUUUAUAAAAGGGAUUAUUUUGGAAGAAUACCUUACAUUCGAGAAGAAUUAAUACAGAAUUUAGUUGAUGUAGGAACGAUAGAGUCAUUAAACGUACCAAACAAUUUUGAUCAUAACAUGGUUUAUCUUGUGACUUGCAAAUACGCCGACUCAUUCAUGAAAUCAACAAGAAAUUUCGAUGAAAAAAGACGAAAAUUCGAUGUGAUUAAGAUAUCUGAAAUGUUUCAGGCAUAUCCAGUCAGAAAAGGAUUUCUUUACGAAAAAGAGUUUAUGCAAAUCGUGAGAAUAUGGGCGGAAUCAGGAAUUCACAAAUAUUGGCAAACACAAAGCAUUGAAAAUGAAAUGAAAAGCAAUAAGCAAAGUAAUAAUCAAAUGGAACAAUCAUAUGAUGUACAAUUUUUAUUAAACAUUCUGAUUAUUGGAUUAUCUUUAUCAUUUGGUGUAUUCCUGUAUGAGAUUUUAAUGAUCAGAUUUAACAGUUUAUGCUUAGAUCAGAUAAGAGUUACUAAAGACAAGCUACAAAAUCCAGUUUUCAAAAAGAUGUUGCGUUUAUCAAAAUGGAAGAACAAAUUCAUCUACAAGAAGAAACUAAGAAAAUCUAAGAUGAAAAUUUACAAAUCCCGAGAAACUAUAUUUUGUGGAUAUUUUUUGUUGAAAAAAGUAAGAAAAAGUCAAAAGUCAAAGCAGUUUCCUCGAAUCAUUCAAGUUCGAACUUGCAAUAAAAAUCGUAUAAUUGAAUAG